UUUUGUACGAAAACAACGUGCUGCCUCUAAUCAAACCCUAUUUUAUCUUUAAACGUUUUCGUUCAAAAUAAGUAUUUGGAUUGUUUAAUGGAAUUGAUAAUAAGGAUAAAAAAUCAUCACCAUCACCGGGGUUUAUUCCAUUGGAACCUUCUUUGCCUCAUCCUAUCAAAAUCGGUGGGUGGUCUUCCCAGGCUGACUCAGUAACUCGUUCGUUGCUUUUGGAGAGCGCUUUUCCUUCUUCUUCUUUUUUGUAUCUAUUGUUUUAGGUGGUGUGGCGCUGAGGAUCAUGGAAGUCUUAUAAUGUUGCUGUUUUGGCAGUAAUUCUGUCAAUAAUUCUUCCCAUUUCGAAAAUCCAAUUGAUAGCUUACUGUAGCUAAUGCUGGUAUCAAGGUAGACAUCCAAAAAGGACUGGGUGGCUUCUAAUUGCUGCACCUAAAUAAGGCUUCUGAGUGCAUUCUUACUGAAAAUUAAAGGGUAUUUUCUCUUCCUGAGUUAUAGUUCUCAAAGCCGCACAAGCGAGGAACCUUGUUUUGUGCUGAGGUGGGAUUAGUUUGUUUGAUUAGGGGCUGGGCAGACUAGAGAGACCACUAUUUCUGAUUACAUCUGAGGAAAGAUAUAUUGUGUGCCGCUCAAGAUUCCAGAUGAAAAUGCAGUUGAGAUUUAAGCAAUUCCUCUUAUUCUCGCUGUUCUCUUCCAUCUUGUUCUUUGGUUAUGCUACAUCAGAGGUCGAACAUGAAAUUUCAGGAAAGCUGAGAGCUGCUCCACUCAAGAAUGUUGGAGAUAAUGUUAUAGAUGGCACUGGUACAGAGACUUCCUUCAAUUUUGAGGAUACCAAUAAUGGACUGGGAGAGAGGAAAGUUGGAAGUGGCAAAGUUUCGGUGUCGACGGUUGCGUUGUUUACCUUGGCAAUGGCUGCUGCCACUGGUUUAGGUGCAGUCCCAUUCUUCUUUGUCGAACUCAAUCCGGAGUGGGCUGGUUUAUGCAAUGGAAUGGCUGCUGGUGUGAUGUUGGCUGCAAGUUUUGAUCUCAUACAGGAAGGGCAGCAGGGGCAUGAUGCUGGAAGUUGGGUUGUGAUUGGGAUUUUAGCUGGUGGAAUAUUCAUUUGGCUCUGUAAGAAGUUUCUUGAACAAUACGGGGAAGUAAGUAUGUUGGACAUAAAAGGUGCAGAUGCUUCCAAAGUCAUUCUUGUUAUUGGAAUAAUGACACUUCAUUCAUUUGGGGAGGGCUCUGGUGUUGGGGUUUCAUUUGCUGGCUCAAAGGGGUUCUCUCAAGGUCUUUUGGUAACUCUGGCUAUUGCUGUGCACAAUAUACCUGAGGGAUUAGCUGUGAGUAUGUUGCUUGCAUCAAAGGGUGUUUCUCCACCGAAUGCCAUGUUAUGGAGUGUAAUUACAUCAUUACCUCAGCCUAUUGUAGCCGUGCCUUCAUUCAUAUGUGCGGAUGCAUUUAACAAGUUCUUGCCUUUUUGUACGGGUUUUGCUGCUGGAUGUAUGAUCUGGAUGGUUGUUGCAGAGGUACUCCCCGAUGCAUUUAAGGAAGCCUCUUCAUCCCAGGUUGCAUCGGCAGCUACCCUUUCUGUUGCAUUUAUGGAAGCUCUUGGCACUUUGUUUCAGAGUUUCAGCCAUGGCUACAACUCAGAGGAUGCUUCUGGCUUCUUUGUUUCUUUACUUUUUGGUCUUGGGCCAUUGCUCGGUGGAAUUGUUCUUGUUGCAUUUGCCCUUGCUUUCCGACUUCAGCAUGCUCUUCUAAUGGGUGCAGCUUCGGGCAUCGCCUUUGUCCUUGGUGCCUGGCGACCACUGCAGCUACUUUUGUCUUCGAAAAUGGGAUUUAUCCCUGUCAUAUUACUGCUUGCAAUGGGAGCUGCAUUCUUCCAUGUUGUAAGCUCUAGUGUUCUGAAGCUUGGAGGUCGCAGAAAAGCGUCUGUCAAUGACUUGCCUACAGGAACCAGUUUUCCCAUGAGCGUUCACACCCUUCAAUCAUUCCUGUCAUGUGGAGCAGUUGCCUUUCAUGCUUUGGCUGAGGGCCUUGCACUAGGAGUGGCUGCCCCAAAAGCUCCUGGACUUGGUCAGCACAUGGUCCUUCCUGUCUCUCUACACGGCUUCCCUCGAGGUGCAGCUGUGGCUAGCUGCAUAUUUGGGGCUACUGAUAGCUGGCAUGGGUCCCUUGCAGCUGCUGCCCUAAUUGGAUUUACAGCUCCAGUAUCAGCAAUCGGAGCAAUACUUGCAGGAAUUGACUACACUGGUCUAGACCAUGUGAUGGUAUUUGCUUGCGGUGGAUUACUCCCAAGCUUUGGAAGUAUAAUUAAGAGAGGAGUAAGGUUGGACACACGGAAAAGCAGUUGUGGGCUUGUGAUGGGAUUGGUGUUUGCCACUUUGUGUUUAACGUUCACUAAGUUGGUUUGCCUGCACACACCUUACUGCAAUUCUGCACCAGAGGCUGUCAGAUGAGUUGAUGAUGCUUCAGCUCAUGAGUGAUGUGUAAUUAUUAAUUAGGUGCACUUGCAUAUGUCGAUGUGGUUAGAACAGUCAAAUCUUCCAACAGGUAUGUGCUUAGCAGUCAUCUUCCCAACAUGUGACCUAGUCAUCUCCUGCCAGGCUAAGCAUACCCAUCAAAAAUUGUAGAUGUGAUUCAGUGCAAAAGGGAUGUUAUAAAGGAAAUGUUUCAGCGAAGUAUGCCAGGAGAUGGGAGGUUUUCUGUAAUACAAACGUAGAUAUUAUCGCCUUAUUUUUUUCCUUUCUGUUAUAGAAAGAACAAAGAAAGAAAUGGGGGUUUCCCCUUUCA